UGCUAAGUGGAGGUGACGUGUGUUGAGAGAUAUUAACAAUAUACUAACAAUUACUUCCAUCGCUCUUUCAAUUAUGGAAUUAAACGAGCCAAGAAGUAAAACAUCGAAAUUCAGAUUAGAGCCUAAAUCAUCUUUACCCUUAGUAUUUGGCAAUAAAGGUGAACUAACAAUGUUUCAUGCCAAUUUAACAGCUUUAGGAUCAUGCAUAGAUGAUCCCGUUGAAAUUCAAAUGAUAUACAACAUGGGUUAUUUUGGUAAAGGAUCUUUUUCUAAAAGUCAUCCAUCCUUCGAUAGAAUACAACAUGGAGCACCACCAGUAACACGUAAAAGACAAUGGCAACGCCGUCAAGAGUGGAUUACUGAUGUUCAAAAACUCAGUGCAACAACAUUUUGCGAAAAUGAUAAGCACAAUUUAGAUUGUCAAACAAAUACAAUUGCAUUUUCAAAAUCAAAUAAUAUUAUAGAAUUUUGUAUAAAUAUUUUUGUAAAUUCCCAUGUUCAAGCUACUGAUGUAUUUUUAGAAAACCAUAAUAAAGGAGCAAAUGAAAUUGAAAUUUUAGAUUAUGGUUCGAAAGUUCCAACUAAUGGCCAAAAUAACAAAACUAAUACAGCAGUUGAUCAAAUUGUUCAGCUUGACUCGACAGAAGAGGAGGAUGCUAGUGAAACGUCAGUGGUUGAUAACCAUGAAUCGAGUUACGUCCAUAAAGAUUGUUUUCCCAGUGAUAAUUAUGACCUAGUAAAUAUCUCUAAUAAAUAUAACAGAGGUGAUUCUGAUUUACAAGGAAAAGUAUUAGUUUUAUCGGAUAGCGACUCGGAAACAGACAAUUAUUUAAUAAACAUAAAGCCACAAAUAAAACACGAAAAUUUUCCUGUCAGAGAAACAUUGCACUUGACUGCUGAAGAAACCUUUUUUUUAAUGUAUGGCCUUGGAUGUUUAAGAGUUGUAGAUUUUGAUGGAAAGUAUUUGAGUAUUGGACAAAUCUGGAAUUAUUUUUGCAAAGAACAAAAAUGUUUUUUGCAGAAAUAUAUCGCAUAUCACUAUUUUCGUAGUAAAGGAUGGAUAGUGAAGUCUGGUUUGAAUUACGGUGGAGAUUAUUUGCUGUAUAAAGAAGGACCAUCUUUUUAUCAUUCCUCUUAUAUUGUUAUAAUAGAUGUUUUAGAUGCAGUUGCUUUAAAAAGAAUAGAAAGUAAAUCAUUGAGAAAUCCGACGUGGAAUAGUUUUAUUGGAUUACAAAGAUUGGCUGAAACUGUUAGAAAGGAAGUAUUGUUUGCACAAGUACUGUGGCCACCUUCUGUACCGAUUGAUACUUUGCCAACAUCUCCAGAAGUUCUCUCUCAAUUUACAAUUAAAGAAGUACUUUGGAGAAGAUGGAAAUUAAAUGUUAAUACAUUUAAUGAGUAUAGCGAUGACGAUAAUUACUCGUCGUAA